GUUUCAUAAUGCUUUAAAAUGGACUUGAAGUUUCAGAAGUUUUAGUUGCAACUUCCAAUUACCCGGAAAAGGCGUAGAAGUCACAACAAGUAUGGCAUACUUCGUUUGUUUGCUGAUGUUUCUCGUUCGUUUUAUAAUGUACGCAAGUUCUGUGCCCUGCAAGUUUGACUUCGAAAGUGGACUCGAUGGUUGGGUUAAGACUGGUACUGCGUUUGAAAAUCAACCAACAUUUGGCGACAACCCCACAGCUCGGAACAGGGGACAGCCCGCUCAACAACAGGGUGACUGGUGGAUUGGAGGAUUCGAAGACCGGCCUUCUAAAUCAACCCCAGCAGGGAAAAUCCAAGGAGACGGUCCACAAGGAACUCUUGUUUCCCCAACUUUUAAAAUCACUGGUCCAACGAUCUCAUUUCUGAUUGGCGGAGGGUGCGAUGUAAACACUGUUCGUGUAGAGUUGAUCGUUGGUAUUAAGGUCGUCGAAAAAGAAACUGGCCACUGCACUGAGACGAUGACGCGUAAGGCUUGGGAUGUUAAAAAGUUUAUCGGUCGGAAUGCACACAUUAAAGUUGUUGAUUCCAGCUCUGGCGGUUGGGGUCACAUUAACCUUGACGAUCUAAAAGGUGACAUGAGCUGCCCAGUCGAAGCUCCUUGCAAGUUUGACUUCGAAAGGGGAAUCCAUGGAUGGGCUAAGACUGGUACAGCAUUUGAUAACCAGCCAACAUUUGGUGAUAACCCAACAGCUCGAAACAGAGGACAGCCGGCUCAACAACAGGGUGACUGGUGGAUUGGAGGAUUCGAAGACCGGCCUUCCGAAUCGACUCAAGCAGGGAAAACCCAAGGAGACGGUCCACUAGGAACUCUUACUUCUCCAACUUUUAAAAUCACUGGUCCAACGAUCUCAUUCCUGAUUGGCGGAGGAUGCGAUGUAAACACUGUUCGUGUAGAGUUGAUUGUUGGUAACAAGGUCGUCGAGAAAGAAACUGGCCACUGCACUGAGACAAUGAGGCGUAAGGCUUGGCAUGUUAGAGAUUUCAUCGGUCAGGAAGCACACGUUAGACUUGUUGAUUACAGCUCUGGCGGUUGGGGUCACAUCAACUUUGACGAUCUGCAAGUCGGCUUGGGCUGCCCGGCGCGUUGCAAAUUUGACUUCGAAAAUGGACUCCGCGGCUGGGUUGCAGUUGGUGAGGCGUUUCAAAACCAGCCAACAUUUGGCGAUAACCCAACAGCUCGAAACAGAGGACAGCCGGCUCAUCAGCAGGGUGACUGGUGGAUCGGAGGAUACGAGAACCGGCCUUCUGAAUCGGCCCUAGCAGGGAAAAUCCAAGGAGACGUUCCGAAAGGAAUCCUUAUUUCGCCCUCUUUUGAAAUCACUGGUCCAACGAUCUCAUUUCUUAUUGGUGGAGGCUGUGAUAUUGACAAAGUUCGCGUUGAGUUGGUCGUACAUAACCAGGUUGUCAAGAAGGAAACCGGCAAAUGUACUGAAACGAUGGCUCGUAAGAUCUGGAAUGUUGGAGAGUUUUCCGGUCAGGAAGCACACAUAAAACUUGUUGAUUCCAGCUCUGGAGGAUGGGGUCACAUCAAUUUUGAUGAUCUGGAAGGCGACAUCAGCUGUUCAAUCGGCUGCCAAGACCACAUCUGGUAUCGAUGUAAAUGCCCUGAACUGGCCUCAUUUCAACAAUACUGUCAAAAAAAAGGAGAAUUUAUGAGCAAAUACUGCCCAAGAUCGUGCGGCUUUUGUGGCGAGCAAGGCCCCGUACCGGUGAAGGCUCAUUUUCGCAAUUGCGAUUGUAAAGAUCACCCGGUCUAUGCAGCAAGAUGCCCUGAAGUGACCAGUAAACCAUUUCACUGCCAAGACGAACUAGAACUGAUGAAAGAAAGAUGCCCAAAAUCCUGCGGUUUUUGCUGAGGUAAUGGUUUCAUAGAGGAGCAGCCAUGGAAAAAAGCAGCAGCAUGUAGUUAUAACGUAAAGAAUCUUAUAAAAACAUGUUAUGUAGGGUAAAUGAUUCAAGGGGUCAGCUAUUGCAGCUAUAACUUCAAAUUUCGUUUGAAUUGUAAAAGCGUUAUAUCAUUAGGCUACGGGUAAAUACUACUCUAGGCACUAAAUGGAAUGGGUGUUUUAAUUAAUCUGUGACAAUUAAUUUAGAGCGAGUGAAAAACAAAUAAAAUAAUAUGGUUUGAUAA